AUGGCGCCCAAACGUGCGACCAAGAAGUCGACUCCCGCAGAGGAAGAACCGCAUGGCUACGAAUUCGGCGGCCCAAUCGGCGCAUCUUUGAUCUCUUUCGGCCUGCCUGUGGCGUGCUACGCGUUCGGCUUCCUGUGCAACGACGUGACUGGAUGCCCGGCUCCUUCGCUCCUCCACCCCAGCAAGCUCUUCACGCCGAAUCCCUUGACGAAUGAAUCCGGCUGGCAGCAUGCUCUGGCGACUCUCAAGGCCGAAGUUGCAUGGCCAGGAUUCGCGGGGUUGAUCAACCUCCAGGCUGUACUGGGCAUUGCUGGCUGGUAUGGCUUCAGUUUUCUGCUCUAUGUCUUGCUCCCGGCGCAAGAGGUUCAAGGCACUGAGCUGCGCACUGGUGGAAGACUGAACUACAGGUUCAACACUUUCCUGACAGCGGUCACAAUCCUCGUUGUGUGCGCUGCUGGUACCGUUGUCCAGGGAGCCAACUUUCCUCUGUGGACCUUCAUUGAUCGAAACUACAUUCAGCUUCUCACAUGCAGCAUCCUCAUCGCUUAUGGACUCGCCAUCUUCGUCUACCUCAAAUCGUUCCAGGUCAAGCCCGGCAACAAGGACAAGCGUGAGCUCGCGGCUGGAGGACACAGCGGCAACAUCCUGUACGAUUGGUACAUUGGACGUGAGCUCAACCCUCGUGUGACGCUGCCAGUCGUUGGCGAAAUCGAUAUCAAAAGCUUCAUGGAGCUGCGACCUGGGAUGAUCGGCUGGAUUGUGCUCAACUUGGCCUUUGCGGCCAAACAGUACAGAACCUACGGCUAUGUCACUGACUCUAUGGUCAUGGUUGUCAUCAGCCAGGCUCUCUACGUUCUCGAUGCCCUCUGGAUGGAACCGGCCAUACUCACGACCAUCGACCUUACCACCGACGGAUUCGGCUUCAUGCUGUCAUUUGGUGACCUUGUGUGGGUACCUUUCAUCUACUCAACGCAGGCCCGCUACCUCAGUGUGCAUCCUGUCACGCUAGGACCACUCUACGUAGCCGCCAUUCUCGGAGUCGCAGCGUUUGGCUACUACAUCUUCCGCGCCAGCAACAGCGAGAAGAACCGCUUCCGCACCAACCCCAAUGAUCCCAGUGUGGCACACCUGGAAUACAUCGAGACAGAGACUGGAUCCCGUCUCCUCACGACCGGCUGGUGGGGAACGGCACGCCACAUCAACUACUUGGGCGACUGGAUCAUGAGCUGGGCAUACUGUCUCCCAACACUGGCAGCCGGAUACAAGCUCACCCCAAGCAUCAUGUACCCUGGCACACGACUGCUGACGACCGAAGGCAUGAAAGGUGCCGCCAUCCCCAUCACCUACUUUUACAUGCUGUACUUUGCCAUUCUCCUCAUACAUCGCGAGAUGAGGGACGAGGAGAAAUGUCGACGCAAGUACGGCAAGGACUGGGAGGAGUACUGCCAAAAGGUUAGAUAUAGGAUCUUGCCGGGUGUGUACUAG